AUGGCGACCCUCGAAUGUCUUCGCCACCCCCACCAUAUCUCCCUGGUGGACACCCACUCUCUCCGCGCAAAGUUCAACCAUGCAGGAGAUGCUUAUUAUAACAUCGAUGGCAUGCCCUCACACCACGGAGUGAUGGCCCCCAAAUUCGAUGUUUAUGAAAUGCCAAGUGAAGAAUGGCUCAUUGUGGGCGACGUUCCAGGUCUCACAACGGAAGGUGCUGAGAUUGAAUGGCUUGAGGAAUCUACCGUCUUCAUUCGUGGAAAACUCAACAGCUCGACCAUGACAACUUUGACCGAGACAGAGGGAUUGGGCCUAAUCAACCCAGCAAUACUGAAGCCUCUUCAUAAGGAAAGGCAUGAGGGCUCCUUUGAACGCUCGGUCACACUCCCUGGAAAGGCAGAUAUCAAAGGUGCAAAGGUUAUGGUAAAGAACGGUGUGAUCUUUGUUAGGAUCCCGAAGAAAGUGGAAACGACAGCAACGGAGUAG